UACGUGACGUGGCAAUCAAUAAGAAGGUUCAACGAAGCAAGGUCUUUAACAAAAAAGUAAUACUUCGUCGUCUUUACGCCAAUCAAUAUGUGACUAUAUAAUAACACCAUAUAGUUAAGUCACACUUCCAUGUCAACGUGCUUCAACCUAUGUAAAGAGCUCGUAAACAGUUAAACACACAUAUAUGAUAUAUCACACAAAGAUCCUUUAUACUAUGGAUACUAAGAAAUCGGUAGUGAUCCUAUUGAGCAACGUCUUCGUGUUGCUCCUAGCCGCCACGGUGGUUCAAUCUUGCUUACCAUCCGAUCGAGCGGCGCUUCUAGAGUUCCGGGCAAAGCUCAAUGAGCCAUACAUUGGAGUUUUCAACACUUGGAAAGGCCAAGACUGUUGCAAUGGCUGGUAUGGUGUGAGCUGCGAUCCCAACACCCACCGAGUCGCCGGCAUUACACUCCGAGGAGAAUCCGAAGAACCUAUUUUUCAAAAGGCAAAACGGAGCGGGCUAAUGACCGGCUCCAUUUCGCCCUCGAUAUGUAAACUCACUCGUCUCUCCGGCAUCAUCAUCGCCGAUUGGAAGGGAAUUUCCGGUGGGAUUCCUAGUUGCAUUGAGAAUCUUCCUUUCUUGAGACAUUUAGAUCUCGUCGGAAAUAAAAUCUCCGGCGUGAUUCCGGCGAAUAUCGGGAAGUUACUGAGGCUGAAAGUGUUGAAUCUCGCCGACAAUCACUUAUACGGUGUGAUUCCUCCGUCGAUCACGAGAUUAGUGAGUUUAUCGCAUCUGGAUCUCAGGAAUAACAAUAUCUCGGGAGUCAUACCGCGAGAUAUUGGUCGUUUAAAGAUGGUGAGUCGUGUGCUUUUAAGCGGUAACAAAAUCUCGGGUCAAAUACCCGAAUCUCUGACCCGGAUAUACCGGCUCGCGGAUCUUGAACUCUCAAUGAACCGAAUCACCGGUCCGAUUCCGGGUUCGUUCGGCAAAAUGUCGGUGCUCGCUACAUUUAACCUCGGCGGAAACUUAAUUUCCGGCGAGAUUCCGGGGAGUCUAAUGGCAUCAUCGAUCUCGAAUUUGAAUCUGAGCGGGAACCUUAUCACCGGACGGAUACCAAACACGUUCGGGCCGAGAUCGUACUUCACGGUGCUGGACCUCGCGAACAAUCGUCUUCAGGGACCAAUUCCGACCAGUAUCGCGGCGGCGUCGUUUAUUGGCCAUCUUGACGUGAGUCAUAACCAUCUGUGUGGGAAGAUUCCGACGGGAUCUCCUUUUGAUCAUCUCGAUGCGACGUCGUUUGCAUACAAUACUUGUCUUUGUGGAAAGCCUCUUGGGAAUUGUAAGAAAUAAUUAAUUACCCUAAAAGAUUUGAGGGAAUCAAAUAGAUUGAUUAUAAUUUUCACGUUAGACCAUCCGCAGUAGUGUAAGUGUGAAGGAAGGGUGUAAGAUUUUUUAUUAUUAUUAUAAUUUAAAGUAAGAGAGAAAAGAGAGAGAGAAAAAAAAAAAAGAAAGUAUCUUACAUCCGAGUGUAAACUUACACCCGGGUAUGAAGAGAGACAACUUUUACAUUAAAUCUAUUUUUUUAAUACUUACACCCCCUUUGGAAUGCACCACUGCCUAUGCUCUUAUCAUGUAACUAAAAUAUUUUUAUUUGGUGUUUUGUUUAGUCUUCUUGUUUAUCUGUCUUGAA